CGAGCCCCGGGCUCUGCGGCGACGCCGGGAUCCUGCCUCUGCCAGGCCGGCCGCCCGGCGCCCGGAGGAGGCCGCUGAGCCCCGGGCCAUGGUCCCGUCCCGCCGGCCGUGGAACCUGGGAGCCACGCCCUCGCUGCGCGGCCUGUGGAGAGUGGGCCGGGCCGGGGAGCCUGAGCCCGGGAUGGCUCGCCCCGCCCCCGCCAGCCCGGCCGCCCGCCCUUUCCCAUACACCGGCCCGGGGAGGUUGAGAACUGGGCGUGGAAGAGACACCCUGGUCAGCAGUGACGAGGACUCCAGUGCCCGAAGUGCAGCCCGCCCGGCCCUAGCGCAGUGCCGAGCCCUCAGUGUGGACUGGGCUGGCCCUGGGAGCCCUCACAGGCUCUACCUGACCGUGCAGCAAGCCCUGCUGGACAAGGGGUGCGAGAACAAGAGUCAGGGGACGAAAGAAGAGAAGCUCCCGAAGAGGCAGGCGCCGGCCCCCAGGCGGGACCGGGAGGCCCAGGAAGCUGGUGGCACCAUGAAUGUAGAGAAAACAGGUGGGCGGCUCUUUGGCAGCGGGAGGUGCUCGAGCCUGGGGGGGCCACCGGGUGCGGCCCCCAUGGUGCAUAGGAUGGUGGAGGCCAUGUCCCAGCUGCAGGAGGAGAAAGCCCGACUGCAGGAGGAGCUGGCAGCCAUGCAGGAGAGGCUGGCCCUCCAAGACAGUGACCAGCAAGCCACCUCCACCCAGCCGCAGAACCAGGUGGAAAACCUGAAGGAGAAGCUCAUCAGCCAGGCCCAGGAAGUGAGCCGCCUCCGAUCAGAGCUGGGGGGCACGGACUUGGAGAAGCACCGCGACCUGCUGGUGGCGGAGAAUGAGCGACUGAGGCAGGAGAUGCGGCGCUUCGAGGCCGAGCUGCAGGAGCUGCGGGCCAAGCCGGCGGCCCCCUGCACGGGCUGCGAGCACAGCCAGGAGAGUGCCCAGCUCCGGGACAAGCUGUCGCAACUCCAGCUGGAAGUGGCCGAGAACAAGGGCAUGCUGUCCGAGCUGAACCUGGAGGUGCAGCAGAAGACCGACCGGCUGGCGGAGGUGGAGCUGCGGCUCAAGGACUGCCUGGCCGAGAAGGCGCAGGAGGAGGAGCGGCUGAGCCGGCGCCUGCGAGACAGCCAUGAGACCAUCGCCAGCCUGCGGGCCCAGUCGCCGCCCAUCAAGUAUGUCAUCAGGACCGUAGAGGUGGAGUCAUCCAAGACCAAGCAGGCCCUCAGCGAGUCCCAGGCCCGGAACCAGCACCUUCAGGAGCAGGUGGCCAUGCAGAGGCAGGUGCUGAAGGAGAUGGAGCAGCAGCUGCAGAGCUCACACCAGCUGACCGCGCAGCUCCGGGCGCAGAUCGCCAUGUAUGAGUCUGAGCUGGAGCGGGCACACGGGCAGAUGCUGGAGGAGAUGCAGUCCUUGGAGGAAGAUAAGAACCGGGCCAUCGAGGAGGCCUUCGCCAGAGCCCAGGUGGAGAUGAAGGCUGUGCACGAGAACCUGGCAGGUGUCCGGACCAACCUGCUGACGCUGCAGCCAGCCCUGAGGACCCUCACCAGCGACUACAAUGGGCUCAAGCGGCAGGUGCGGGGCUUCCCCCUGCUCCUGCAGGAGGCCCUCAAGAGUGUCAAGGCUGAGAUUGGCCAGGCCAUCGAGGAGGUCAACAGCAACAACCAGGAGCUCCUGCGCAAGUACCGGCGGGAGCUGCAGCUGCGGAAGAAAUGCCACAACGAGCUGGUGCGGCUGAAAGGGAACAUCCGGGUGAUUGCUCGUGUCCGGCCAGUCACCAAAGAGGAUGGGGAAGGACCUGAUGCGACCAAUGCUGUGACCUUCGAUGCUGACGACGACUCCAUCAUCCACCUGCUGCACAAAGGAAAGCCUGUAUCCUUCGAGCUGGACAAGGUCUUCUCCCCGCGGGCAUCACAGCAGGACGUGUUCCAGGAGGUGCAAGCCCUGAUCACCUCCUGCAUCGAUGGCUUCAAUGUCUGCAUCUUCGCCUAUGGCCAGACGGGUGCCGGCAAGACGUACACGAUGGAGGGGACCCCUGAGAACCCAGGCAUCAACCAGCGGGCCCUGCAGCUGCUCUUCUCUGAGGUGCAGGAGAAGGCUUCCGACUGGGAGUACACCAUUACGGUCAGCGCGGCCGAGAUCUACAACGAGGUCCUCAGGGACCUGCUGGGGCAGGAGCCUCAGGAGAAACUGGAGAUCCGGCUGUGCCCAGACGGCAGUGGGCAGCUGUACGUGCCGGGGCUGACGGAGUUCCAGGUGCAGAGCGUGGACGACAUCAACAAGGUGUUUGAGUUUGGCCACACAAACCGCACGACAGAGUUCACCAACCUGAACGAGCACAGCUCCCGCUCGCAUGCCCUGCUCAUCGUGACGGUGCGCGGGGUGGACUGCAGCACUGGCCUCCGCACCACGGGGAAGCUGAACCUGGUGGACCUGGCCGGCUCGGAGCGCGUGGGCAAGUCUGGGGCCGAGGGCAGCCGGCUGCGGGAGGCGCAGCACAUCAACAAGUCGCUGUCAGCCCUGGGGGAUGUCAUUGCCGCCCUGCGCUCUCGCCAGGGCCACGUGCCCUUCCGCAACUCCAAGCUUACCUACCUGCUGCAGGACUCGCUCAGUGGGGACAGCAAGACGCUCAUGGUGGUGCAGGUGUCCCCCGUGGAGAAGAACACCAGCGAGACACUGUACUCCCUCAAGUUUGCUGAGAGGGUGCGCUCUGUGGAGUUGGGCCCUGGGUCCCGCAGGGCAGAGCUCGGGUCCUGGUCCAGCCAGGAGCAUCUGGAGUGGGAACCGGCUUGCCAGACCCCACAGCCCUCAGCACGAGCACACUCCGCCCCCGGUUCUGGGACCACUAGCCGCCCGGGCUCAAUCCGAAGGAAGCUGCAGCCCUUGGCCUGACGGCUGGGGCUGCAGAGUCUCCAGGGAAGUCCAGGCCGGUGCCUGUGUAAUGGACGUGUUCCCUCUGCCAGCCCCGGGGACUGGGACCUGCGGCCUGGCCGGCCUGCUCCUGCUGUAGCACCGGGAGCCCGGGGUGGAGGCCGGAGUGGAGGUAGCCCUUCUGUCUCGCAUCCACUCAGAGAUGAGAAAACAUGUUCAGAAGGAAAUGGUGUCUCUUAGCACGUGGCUGUGGGUGCAAAAGGCAAUGGGCUGGAAGGGCAGGGAUGGCCCACUCCGCCUGGCAGGCCCGGGCCCUCGGGGAGCUCUUGUCAGGAGGGCAGGAGUAGGUGGGAGGGUGGGCCUCUUGCCUGGUCUGGUCGGGCUGUCCUGUACCUGCCAGGCCCUGCUGUAAGGGGUGGGUGGAGGAGCCCCUGGAAAGCAAAGGACCCGUGGGAUCUGGGCAGUUGGUGGGCACCCAGGGGCAGCCCUGGCCCCACUCCCCUCCGAGGUGGGCCCCUGUGCUGGAUUGUAUAUAGUGUUCCUAGAUGUACAUAGGAGCGUGGCCCUCCCUGCUGAGGGCUGGGCUGUAUUUAUGGCUGGCGGGAGGCCAGGGGCAAGGGAUCCUGCUGCUCCCCUCAUCUGCCUGUUAUCAGGCUCUCUCCUUGCUCACUGGCCUCUUGACAUUUUCUUCCCCCUCUGAAAUUCUAUUUAAGAACUUUUGGAAGCUUAGCCAUUUUUACUUAUUAAAAUAAAAACCUUUUUGCACAA